AAGACCGCGUCGUUUCCACUUUGUCCCCUCCUCAGUCUUUAGUCUUUGCUUCUCAGGUUUCAAUUCAACUUGAACAAAUUUAGACGAAAAUCUUUCAUCUCUCUAGACUCUACUUGCUGUCUCUCACUCUUGACUUGUGAUAUAAAUUGCCCUUCUAUCUGUUUCGCUUAGCUUCAUCUCUCCCGGAACUCCCAAGUUGCAGCUCACCGAUCCAAUGCAACAACAAAAGCUUCAUAUAAAGUGGAUGGAGGUAACUGCCCAUUAACUCAAAGUUUCCAUUUCAUCUCAAAAAUGAAGAAAUGCAGCAUCUCAGUCAUUACCCAACAUCUUCUUCUCCUGAAGAUCCUGCUGCUACUAGGAAUGGCUCUAGGAGAUCCAAGAACCCAGACGGUCCAAAUCAUGUGCGGCAAGCAACUGGAGCACAACUCAACUGUGUUUGUUCCAAACUUUGUGAGCACAAUGGAAAACAUCAGUGAACAAAUGCGAACUUCUGGUUUUGGAGUGGCAAGGACUGGUUCAGGCCCUGACAACAACUAUGGCCUAGCUCAAUGCUAUGGUGAUCUUUCUCUUCUAGACUGUGUGCUAUGCUACGCUGAGGCACGUACGGUGCUUCCCCAAUGCUUUCCUUACAAUGGGGGUCGGAUUUACCUAGACGGUUGUUUCAUGAGGUCCGAAAACUACACGUUUUAUGAGGAGUUUAGAGGAUCAGACGACAGGGCCGUGUGCGGGAACACAACGAGGAAGAGUACAGCGUUCGAAGAAUCAGCAAGGCAGGUUGUGCAGCGUGCAGUUGAAUCUGCUCCAAGCAAUGGAAGGCAAUGUCUGGAAAAUGCAUCUGUAUCAAUGUUGGGAUGCUUGCCUUGGUCUGAGGGGAGAGCAUUAUACACAGGGUGCUUCAUGAGGUACUCAGAUAGAGAUUUUCUCAACAAGGAAGUGGGGAAUGGAAGUUCUAGAGGUACCAUAAUUGUGAUAGUAGUCUCAGUUAUCAGCUCCUUGGUGGUUUUGGUAGUUGGAGUAGCUAUUGGAUUUUAUAUCUGGAAGCACAGAUAUAUACAAAAGAAACGCAGAGGAUCAAAUGAUGCAGAAAAGUGGGCAAAAACCCUCAAUGACAGCAGCUUAAACUUCAAGUACUCAACAAUUGAAAAGGCCACGGGAUCUUUCGACAUUGCCAACAAGCUUGGACAAGGAGGUUUUGGAACAGUUUAUAAGGGAGUUCUGGCUGAUGGGAGAGAGAUUGCAGUGAAGAGGCUUUUCUUUAACAACAGACACCGAGCAGCAGAUUUCUAUAAUGAAAUCAACAUUAUAAGCAGCGUGGAACACAAAAACUUGGUCAGGCUGUUGGGUUGUAGUUGCGCAGGACCCGAAAGCCUUCUCGUCUAUGAAUACCUGCCCAACAGGAGUCUUGACCGCUUCAUCUUCGAUCAAGAAAGAGGUAAAACACUAAACUGGGACAAGAGAUAUGAGAUCAUUGUUGGGACAGCAGAAGGCUUAGUCCACCUUCACGACAACUCGAAAACAAGGAUCAUUCACAGAGACAUAAAGGCCAGCAACAUCCUUUUGGAUUCAAGGCUUCGAGCUAAGAUUGCAGAUUUCGGGUUGGCUAGGUCUUUCGAGGAAGAUAAAAGCCACAUCAGCACAGCCAUUGCAGGAACAUUGGGAUACAUGGCUCCAGAGUACCUAGCUCAUGGCCAGCUGACAGAGAAGGUAGAUGUCUACAGUUUCGGAGUGCUUAUAUUGGAGAUAGUCACUGGAAGGCAGAACAACAGGAGCAAAUCUGCAGAGUACUCAGACAGCAUAGUCACAAUUACUUGGAAGCACUUUCAAGCAGGGACUACAGAGGAACUAUACGACUCAAAUUUAAUGCUGCAGAAUUGCAAUGACGAUGUUAAGGAUGGGAUACUAAGAGUGGUGCAAAUAGGACUUCUAUGCACCCAAGAGAGUCCCUCUUUACGACCCACAAUGUCAAAGACACUGCAGAUGCUAACAAAGAAGGAGAAGCACCUUCCUGCACCCGCCAAUCCACCUUUUAUAGAUGAAAAGACCAUGGAACUGAAUGACACCGGCGACGACCCGGGUUACCCUCUAAAUGCAGAUGGUGCUUCUUCAGUUGCUAGUGUUUCACAUAGUUCUUUCUAUCCCAGGUGACCACAUGAGAUGGAAAAGAAAGGAUUCUCAAACUUCCAGAGCCACACUUCAUUUUUCCAGUGAAGGAGCUCAGGAAUCUCAAGUAACAACUUGGCCCUGCUCAGCUCAAUAGGAAAACACAUCUAAUGACGGCAUAUUUUGAGCCACUGUGAUAAAGUGCAAAGUGGCAUUCGAGGAUUUGUAGAUAUACUGAUAAUGGUUGAGCCAGACUUUUAAAUAAAGAAUUUUUUUUUUUCUUAUUUUUCUGAGCAAUGCAGUAUGUGGUCAAUAUAAUUCGCACUUGUUAGAAGUAAAAUUGAUCAUUAGUAAUGCUCUUAAAGAUUGUUAUUCACAGCUAUGAUAGAAUAAUUGAAAGGAAA